GAAGAAGUGUGGUCCCAUUCCUGCUACGGUUCCCAACAUUCAAAAUAAAUCACAUGGGAUGAAAAUCCAAUUUAAUGCCACAGUGUUAGGUACAGCUUCUCUCACAAGAAUUUGGGGAGGGCGGGGGAGUACUACCUGGACUGUAAAUAAUGUAUAGUAUUGAAAUAUUUAUUGGCAAAUACAACGCCACUCAUUUUAGAUGGCUAAAUUUAACUUUUCAUGCAAAGAGCCCUAACUGACUGGGUGAAAGGCUGAAGUGGCAGAGAGAGCAACUAAAAGGAUUAUUGUGCGUCAGGAAAUCUCUCUUCCUGCUGCUGACGACUCAAAAUAAGCCCAGUGUUUCUCCAUAAGGAAGCACUAAAUAAGAGCUGUUGCUGGCCGCUUUGAAUAUAUCUUACCAAGAUGAUUGCGUGCUCCGUUUCCAAAAAGAUGGCAUCAUCUUCUCUUACUUCUCGACAAGACUGGGAGUUUACAUGGAUGUUAACUGAUGCUGUGACAGAACAAAGGUUGGUGUUUUCCAAAGUGGACAUGGAUGGCAACCUUUCAACUUUUAGGAAAUCACAGGAGACUUUGAGGAAUGUUUAACUCUGCUGAUGUUGAAAAAGUGUGUGGUGUGCAGCAACUUUAUCCAAGCGUUACGACCUCCGUUUCAACUUGGGGACAUUUAAGACAUUGACAGAAGAUCGCUCGCAAGUGCAGUGGCCUCACAUCAUGAUGUUUGGACUCGAUUCUGUGUGUGUGCCAAAGGACAAACUCUAGGUCAUCCUAGAUAUGUCCUGGCAUCCGACUGUAAUUCAAACAAGUGAGUGGGGAGGAGGGUUGGAUUAAAUGGUUUUAAUAACGGAGAAAGAAGGUGAAGCUGGAAAACUUCAGGAGAAUGGAGUUGCCAGAAAAAUGGCACCAGGCAAAAUUGAGCUUGAGACAAACAAAACAGCUAUGGACACACCUGUCAUAUCCUUCACUGAGGUCGACAAGAACAGUGAAGAUGGGGAGGAAUCAGGAGAAUAUGACGAGGCUGAUUACACACGAAAUUACUGGGAGGAUGAGGAUGAUAUCUACCAGGAGUUUGAAGAACUGGACUUUGAGGCUCUGUCGGAUAACUCGGACACAAGGAGCAUUGCAUCUGACGAUUCUUUCUACCCGCUUGACACUUCAGUGGAAUCUGGCGGUCUACGCUCACCGUGGCGCGGGAGCACAGAGCCAAUAUCCUUCUUUAAGGCCUGCUGCAAUAACAACACCGUCAUCGUCAAGAUCAUGAUCAGGCAAGGACUGACUGAGGAGGAAGUGCAGGAGACAGACCGAAACAGAAGAUCUGCACUAAUUGUGGCGUGUUACUACGGCUAUGUGGAUGUGGUCAUCGCCCUAGCUCAGUGUCCCUAUAUUGAUGUCAACUGGCAGGAUAAUGAGGGUAACACUGCUCUUAUUACAGCAGCGCAAGCAGGUCAUGUGUUCAUCUCUCACUACCUGCUAAACUACUUCCCUGGACUGGAUCUUGAGAGGAGGAACUGUCACGGUUUCACAGCUUUAAUGAAGGCCGCAAUGCAGGGUCGAGCCGACACGUGUAGAGCGCUCAUGCUGGCUGGAGGUGACGUGCAAGCCAGGGACAAUGGUCGCAGGAUAACCCCACGGGAGUGGGCUCUCUUCACUGGUCGCUAUGAGACGGCCUACCAGAUGUAUCAGGUAAUGUUGAAGCCCUGUGCUGAGCAGUUCUGUGACUCCUUCAACCUGGAGUGGCCCUUGCUUGAGGAUAUGGUUGCCCAGGCUGAAGAGCCCAAGUCCUGCUGGAAGCGUUCGAUCGACCUUCUGUCCUGUUGCCCUUACAGAUUUUACCUUAACAACAAGGUGAACCCUGUGGAUGACGGUGUUCUCGAGCACAUGGUCCGGAUCACUACUAGUCUCAGCAGUCCAUUUGUUGCUACAGCCUGUCGGACUGUGUGCCCAGGAAGCCCUCCGUGCAUUGGGAAACGACGCUACGCAGUGCAGGAAAUUCUCAGGAGACAACGGUUGGCUGAGCUAAAGCACCUUGGCCCAGACAGGCUAAACCACUACAAGAGAUUUUUCCAGAACUCACGGGUCCUCCUUAUCCCCAAGGCAAGGGAUCGGCGGGCCAGCCUCCAGCCUCAGCUACUGAAUGACAUGGCCGCUGCAUCCACAGUGGCCAUAAGGCGGGCGAGUCUUCUACCGCUUCAUUUGCUGAGGAGGAGCAGUGUGCGACCAGGCAUUGUGAUACCAAAAGUGAGGCUAUGCAAAGCCCCAGAUCCUGCUUUUAAGCCAGAAAAACUCAGACGGAGUAAUAACUAUAAUCAGCUCCAAAUCCCAAAGUGGGAUUACAAAAUGAAGAGGGUAGAGAGAAAGAAGGAGGAGAGACUGUUACUACCGACAAGGCGAACAUGAGGACGAAUCGUUGUCUAUAUCCUGUAUGUGCACUGAGACUGACUGUGUACCAGUCAAGGAUGUAGACUGUGCCCGAAGUCAGCUGCGAUAGGCUCCAGCUGAAACAGGAUAAGCGGUAUGGAAAACGGAUGGAUGAAUGGAUUUCCAACCACCAAGUACUGUAAACACAUUUGAAGUCCUCACACUAUGGGAGAACUGGACAAUUAACUUGUCGAAGUGAGUUUUUCUCUUCUGCUUGCUAGGAUGGCUGACGUUGGAUUCUUUGCCUUGUUUCUACUUAAUUUGUUCACUCAACAUAUUCACAAUACUUUUUCUGCCUCACUUACGAUACGAUGAAUCAGGCCAUACGUAUGGAUUAAACUCUAAACACCAUGUUCUUGAUUGCUGAAUGAUAUUUCAUAGGGUACUGUUGUCUCAAACUGAAUGUGGCCAUUGUGCACUUAAUGGAAAUAAAAAGCUCCUUACUCCAUCUGAUAAACUAUGCUGACUUAGUGAAAUGCAGACAUGAACCUGAAAUUAUUCAUACCCUGGCCAAUUUUCCAGUUUGAGUUUCUUAUUGAUUAUUUUUUUAUUUGUCGACUAGUUGUUUUAACUGGAAAUGUAGCAUAAGACUAAAAGUUUGUUUGGAUACUUCGUGUACUGGUUGUGUUUUCAACAUAAAUUUCACAAAGUGGCAAAAGACAAAGUAUGGUUGAUAUGUGGGGAUACUAAUUCAAUAUAUUUUCUUCAUUCUUUUUCACAUCUGGAAAUGUAUUUAGCAGGAUCAUGGUAACUUCCAUUAUAUUAUGAAUUGAAAACUGUUUCGACUAUGCGUAAUAUAUAUAUAUAUAUAUAUAUAUAUAUAUAUAUAUAUAUAUAUGUGUGUAUUUUUUUUUUUUUUACAUGUAACUUGAUUUACCAUCGUCAUUCAAAUAAAUGACCAUAAUCAGCCAUGACAAUGAAAAUAGGGCGAGAUGAUUUUCGAGUAUUAUUUUCACAUGUAAAUUAACUGUGCUGCAAUUUGACUUAAAAAAGAUAUUUCCGUCGCUUGACCAACUACUUUACUUUGAUAGCACGGUGGUUAUAUUGCGCUUUGAUUUUAAAACAAGAGUCUGAGCCAUCUGCAUACAAUGGUGAACUUGCAUACAAUGGUAAAUUCAACUGAAUUGUUUUUUUUUUGUUUUUUUUUUGUACAUAUGGCAGCCAUUGAGGUAGCUCUCACUAACAUAGUGGCAGCUGGCAAUAUGCUUUUAAUGCUCGAGUAUGUCUCAUGUUUACUUUGACUGUGUGUCUCGUGUGAACGCUGGAGUAAACCUCAUGACUGCCUGUGAUGUCACUUAUCCUACAAACAAUGUGUGGAUGUCACAUCUUUGAGUCAUCAUUACGAUGUAAUAAGGUGUCAUUAGACAGGGGAGUGCCAAAUAGUGUGUACACACCAACACAUCAG